UGAACCUAAAAUGGUGAGCGAGAGUCAUCAUGAGGCCCUGGCAGCCCCGCCAGUCACCACCGUUGCGACGGUCCUACCACAUAACGCCACGGAGCCGGCCAGUCCUGGAGAAGGGAAGGAAGAUGCCUUUUCUAAGCUGAAGGAGAAGUUCAUGAAUGAGUUGCAUAAAAUUCCACUGCCACCGUGGGCCUUAAUUGCCAUAGCCAUAGUCGCGGUCCUUUUAGUCCUGACCUGCUGCUUUUGUAUUUGUAAGAAAUGUUUGUUCAAAAAGAAGAACAAGAAGAAGGGGAAGGAGAAGGGAGGGAAGAACGCCAUCAACAUGAAGGACGUCAAAGACCUGGGCAAGACCAUGAAAGAUCAGGCCCUUAAGGAUGAUGAUGCUGAAACUGGACUGACCGAUGGGGAAGAAAAAGAAGAACCCAAAGAGGAGGAGAAACUGGGGAAACUGCAAUACUCACUGGACUAUGAUUUCCAGAAUAACCAGCUGCUGGUGGGGAUCAUCCAGGCUGCUGAACUGCCUGCCUUAGACAUGGGGGGCACGUCUGAUCCUUAUGUGAAAGUGUUUCUGCUGCCUGAUAAAAAGAAGAAAUUUGAGACAAAGGUUCACCGAAAAACCCUUAAUCCUGUCUUCAAUGAGCAAUUUACUUUCAAGGUGCCGUACUCGGAAUUAGGUGGCAAAACCCUGGUGAUGGCCGUGUACGACUUUGAUCGGUUCUCCAAGCAUGACAUCAUCGGAGAAUUUAAAGUCCCCAUGAACACAGUGGAUUUUGGCCACGUCACUGAGGAAUGGCGCGAUCUGCAAAGUGCUGAGAAGGAAGAGCAAGAGAAACUGGGUGAUAUCUGCUUCUCCCUCCGCUACGUCCCUACUGCUGGCAAACUGACCGUUGUCAUCCUGGAGGCUAAGAACCUGAAGAAGAUGGAUGUGGGUGGUUUAUCUGAUCCUUAUGUGAAGAUUCAUCUGAUGCAGAAUGGUAAGAGGCUGAAGAAGAAAAAGACAACCAUUAAGAAGAACACGCUGAACCCCUACUACAACGAGUCCUUCAGCUUUGAAGUACCCUUUGAGCAGAUCCAGAAAGUGCAAGUGGUGGUAACUGUGUUGGACUAUGACAAGAUUGGCAAGAACGAUGCCAUCGGCAAAGUCUUUGUGGGCUACAACAGCACCGGCGCGGAGCUGCGACACUGGUCGGACAUGCUGGCCAACCCCAGGCGACCCAUCGCCCAGUGGCACACCCUCCAGGUAGAGGAGGAGGUCGAUGCCAUGCUGGCCACCAAGAAGUAAAGGAAAGAAGCCUUUCUGCGUCUGCCCACAUAGUGCUCUUUAGCCAGAUCUGUAAAUACCUCAGUAAUAUGGGUCCUUUCAUUCUUCCAGCCAUGCAUUCGUCACACAAUUCAGUGGUACUUCAAAUCCUGUUUUAAUUUGCACAGAUUUAAAUGUAGAGAGCCCCUAAGCCCUUCAUCAUACCACUGCCCUCCAAAUCUACUCUUCUUUUAAGCAAUAUGAUGUGUAGAUAGAGCAUGACUGAAAUUAUUUAUUGUAUCACACCGUUGUAUAUAUCAGUAUGCUAAAGAUUUAUUUCUAGUUUGUGUAUUUGUAUGUUGUGUUUCAUAAUCUGUGUAUAUCUAGAUGUUUUUAAUAAGAUGUUCUAUUUUAAACUAUGUAAAUUGACUGAGAUAUAGGAGAGCUGAUAAUAUAUUAUAUGGUAAAUAUAGUAUCGUCUGCAUUCCAGCAAAAACAUCAACUUGUAAGGCACUAGUACAGUUAACUGACAUCUUAAAGGACAACUUAAACCUGAGCUUUCUAUUGAAUCAUUUGAGUACCAAGAUGCGCUUACACCACAUAUUUGGUGGGUGACUCCUAUUUUGUAGAAUUCCUUCAUAGACAAAAAUAGCAUGAUCUGAGCAGCAGUCCCCAGGCUCACCUCAAGGAAGCAAAGCCACAAACCAGAAUAGCACCUGUCUGUACAUAUCUACAAAGCUAAAAUCACGGCUCCACUCUUACAUUCGAGAAGCAACUGAACAAGGGUCUGUGAUUUCACAUUACUGCAUAUAGAGUUACGACACGGUAGCCCAUGUGUACAUGUAACCGUGUUUGUGGGGGGGGUUGUAUGUGAGUGAGUGUGUGUGUGUGUGCACGUAUUUGUUUGGGGAUGGGGCAGGGGGGAAGACGGUGAGGAGAGAAGUCAACAUUUCUGAAAUAUUGCCUGACUAUUUAAAAAGAGAAAAAGUAGCUCUCCGUGAUCACCUUUGUACGAAAUGUGCAUCCUGUGAAUUCCGUCCGAGAUUUCACAACUAUAGUCAUUCCAAAAGGUUUGCACAUUAGACUUUGUAACAAAGUAUUUUAUUAUACAAAACCAGAUUAGAAGGAAUGCAGAAUAUUUUUAACAUAGAGAUCUGUGCUUAUUACACAAAGUAAUUUUGUGGUAAACAGACAGUAUUGUAAUCCCAUCAAAAGAUAAAAAAAAAAAAAAAAACAAUUAGCCAUAGUUCUGAAUGCACUUCAAUUAAGCCAAAACAGACAGCUAGUUAUCUUUUUAUAUGCUCUUUUUACGUAAAUAAGUUUUAAUUUGUCCUUUAAAAAAAGGUGAAAAAAAAAAACCAAGAACAAGUUCUAGCAAACUGAAGCAACCUCUUGUGUACACUAGACGCUUGAUGUAGGAGGAGUUUUUAAAUGUUUUCAAUGUUAUUACGUAGUAAAUGGCACUAUUACAAAGCUACUGGCCAUUCCGUAGGCGUCUCCACGGACUGCUCUGUGUAACACUGUGACUGCCGUGUGUGCUUAGCCACAUAGUCCCCCCCGUGGAUCGCACUCAGUGUGUCCGUAGUGAUAUUGUGACUAUACUGCCAUUCCCUUCUACUGCACUGCCCAGGGUGUGUGUAGCACAAACAGUUCUCUUUACAAAGGACCAAUUCAGAACUGAAAAGCUAUGCAGAGGGCGAGAAAGAUCCCUCGCAUGGGGUGGAACACACAGCAUUCUGUCAAGCACUGUGCAAUAUUCCAUAUUUUUCCCCACGAUGGUAGCAACCUCUUUGUGGAAGGGCAGCCGAUGCGCUCACGCUGCACCGAGGCUUUUUUUCCCCACUCCCUUCUAUGACCUGUUUUAAUUUCCAGGCCAUAGACAGUAGUGAUGCUCUGAAGUGAGAAGUUCAUCUUCACAGGCACCAAAAUAAAAUGGAGGAAAACUAAGCCCCAGCCUCGAGUUCAGACUUGAGGA